GGGCUCCAUCUACUGGGAUUCUCGUUUUAAACCCCUGACCCCCAUGCAUCUCGCACGGGCACGGGCACGGGCACGGGCACCGGCACGGCACGGGCCACGGUUAUAAAUAACCACACACCCUCAAGGGCUGAACCGAACCAAGCAGUAACAUUAAUCACCCACUCUACUACUCGAAGUUACUACCAGCAGCUUGCUUCAACAGUAGAAGAGAGCGAGAGGAUGGCGUCACCGAAGCCCUCGUCGGCGGCCCUGCUCCUCCUGGCGGCGGCGGCCGUGCUGGCGCUGGCGCGCGCGGACCUGACGCACGACAACUGCGUGAAGAACAAGAAGGUGACGGUGCAGAACCUGUGCAGCCACGACGUGACGCUGACGCUGGAGCCGCUGGCCAACAGCCCGCCGCUGUUCGCGGGCACCUACACGCUGCACCCGCGCAGCCACGCCGAGUUCCCCGUGUGCUGGUGGACGGGGCGCCUGCGCGCGCCCGACGCCGCCCAGGUGGAGUUCCACGUCGGCGUCGACGGCGGCUCCUUCUACCUGGCCCCCAACGCGCAGCCGGGCCAGCGCGUCCCGGUCUCCGUCACCCCGCACGGCUCGCCGCUGCAGGGCCGCUGCCCCGCCGUCGGCUGCGCCAUCCAGGGCCGCUGCUCCGUGCACCAGGUGCCCAGCGGCGACUGCCGCAACGUCCAGGAGAUGAAGAUCAUCUACUGCAACCCGCACGUGUGAUGCGAUGCGGACAUGGGGUCGUCGCGCCAUCUCGCGACCUGUGUUGUGCUUUCUUUCAUGUCGCCGUCGCCGUCGUGUGUCCAACCGCCAUUGUCGUUAGGUUGUUGUUGAUUAGCCGUUUGCUUCGCUCAGUAGCCUCGCUCUCCAGUGUAUUAUCACUCGCAUCGCAUGCAUGUGAUGUGAGCCACUGCACGCGUGAGUGUCACAUGAGUCGUCGUCCUGUCUCGUCUCAUGUGUUUGAAAUUGUAGGCAGCAGAGGAUCGAGAUGCGUGUCUGCUUUGUUCGUGUUCACUGCUGUCAGUCUGUCACCGAGUUCAAUAAUUUAGCUUUGUUUCAUCGGGAAA